AUGCUGAUUGUUUCCCAGAGCCGUUUCUUGCUAACGACCUUUCUGAUGCACGACGACAAGCGACCACCACCGCGGCUGCCCGUCCCUGCACCCAAGGAUGACCGCUCAUCCUCGGCUAGCUUGACCCGUAGUGGUCAGUUGGCCUCGACUGUUCCUCUGCGCGCACGGUUCCCGCUCCGAUCACGAACUGGAUGCUGGACAUGCCGCACACGCAAGAGGAAAUGUGAUGAACAGCGACCAAAGUGUGCCCUCUGUACUCGGCAGGGUUAUACUUGCGACUACGCUCUUCGCCUGACAUUUAGAGAUGAGACAACACGGGUGCAAGACCGGAUACAGAAAAUCACGCGAAUCGAAAACAGCAAAUUGGAUCCCAACUCACCCGCAAGGACCUACAACAGCUCCGGGUCUAUGUCAGUAGAUGAUCUACCACAUUUUGCGGCUGGGUCGAUGGCCGACGAAGGACAAGAGAAAAAGGUGGAACACUCUUGCCCGGACACAUACGUGGUUGACAAUCAAGACGGUUUUAAAACCCUGCUCGAGUACAAUGAUGGACUCGCCUUCAAAAGAGAACCCGAUGUGUGUCCACCACGAGCAUUAAUGGCAGCAACCCAUCUGAGCCUUUCUGAGCGAGAUAUCGCAGUUGAGGGUAUCCCGUUAGCGCGAGGCCCUGAGGAUAUCACUUCCUCAAGAUUCGAGGACAUUACCCGACAGACCACAUUAAGUUCAUCCAAGAACCUACACUCCCAGCUGUCUUCUCUCGGCUGGAACACUACUGGGAACGAGCGUUCAGGAUUCGAGCUCCGGUUUGAUAACAAUGUUUCGUGGAUAGCCACCGCCUACGACUCUCGGCAAUCUCCAGAAAAUGGUGCCGAUCAUUACGAAACGAUCUUUAAUGAAGAAAUCACAUACGGAUUGGCGCUACCAUCACUAUCACCCCGUCCGAACUUGUACAAUCCCUAUCAACAGCUUUACUCCUGGCAGUCGCAGCAAACAUAUCUAUCUCAAAGUCAUGUCGACGCAAUGAAUGAUGUUAACAUCACCGACGACGACAAUUUUGCGCAGCACUACGAUCAAAACUCAGCCAAUCCAACCGUAUGA